ACCAUAGACUGUAUAUUAAUGGACGGAGCAAUGUAAAAUACUCAAUGUUUACAUUUUGCAUCUGACCUACAUUUGACAUAGGCUGCCGUAUGAGGACACUCGUGUUUCGGCUCCAUGUAGAUCUAUUUUGUCAGCUGUUUCGACGACAUGCAUUCUAGCCAAUCACAAACCAGACUCGAGCGGAGUAAUAUGCUUUGGGUCAACGCUUCUUCUGCCCACCUGGAAGUUCGUUGCUUGUACAUACUUUUUCUUAAACGGAAAUUCCUCUUAACCUCUAUGCUAGCAGAGACGGGUUAGACGAUAUUACUAGUCGCUACUAAUAGUAAUAAAAGAUAAUCUUUGCUGCCAGUUACCAUGAAUGUACACUCAAACGUGGUGUGUGCGACACCGCGGAGGAAUACAGUCAGCGGUGUUUUGGCACUUUAUAAAGUACUGUGACGCUCUCCGCCCGCACAUCUUUUCUGUAUUCCUAACAGUGACCGUCUACUCUAGCCGAAAGCUCUACGCGCUAAAAUGGCAGUUUAAAGGCGUGCAGCGGCUAUCCUUGCAGCGGCAACAACCCGGCAGUGCAAAGGCUAAGUGCACUGGCUAUUUCUGGCAAAAUGGCGUCUCUCUCGGCAACCACCUACAGCUUUGCUGCCGUCGACAGCAGUACGGAACCCCUCGACUUGCUAACCUCAUCAGACUCGCCUUUGUUUUUAUUUACCCUUUCGCGUCUAACGUUGACAAGCAGCAGCCAUGACAUUCGAGCUGGCAUUGGAGGACGUGGAGGCCCUGUACUUAGGGCCCUCGUUUCUGAUGGCUGACCCCAUGGGGCCCCUUCUGGACCAAGAUGAAGAAGAAGUUCUUUCUCCCUCCAUCUCUUUAGAGGGGAAGGCGCCAGCUUCGCCCCCCCUCUCUUUCUCCUCCCCGUCUCCCUAUCAGACCUUGUCGUCCUCCCCGUUUUCUUCUGCCUCCCCUCCCUCCUCUCCUCCUCCCCCCACCCAACCCUCCUUGUUCCCGGGAACCAAGGCCGGAGUGGACUCCCUGUCCCUCCACUGGCUGGGUGCCAGCGACCUGCUCAACACUCACGUUGGAGCAGACGAUGGCAAUGCAGAUGAUGCUUUUGCGGGCAUGGACUGGAUGUCAGAGAAAAUUGACCUGAGUGAAUUUGACCUGGAUUCCCUCAUUGGCUCCUGCUCAUCCGAUGAGUCUCCCACCUCCCCUAAGGAUCUUCUGGCCUCCCUGGAUUCCCAAAUGGAUCUGGAUCUAGACUCCUUCAGCACAUGCAACCCCGCCCAGCACGAGAGCCUAGAGCUGGGUCUAUCACUCCCCAGCAUCCCCCCUCUCCCUCUGGAGCUCUCUCUCCCUGGAGCGGGUGAGGCCAAGAAGACCGAGGUGGCUCCGGAUCAGGAGCUUAUUGUGAAGUCUGAGCCUCCCUCUCCGGCUCCCUCUCCAACCUACACUUUGGAGCUGGGCAGUGAAGUGGAUGUCCUGGAUGCAGAGAAAACAGCCACAUCCCUCGCAGCCACCAUCAUUCCAGAUCCCAAUGGAAGCAAUCAGACCAUCAACCCCAUAGUGCUCUCUAUUCCCACCUCUGGCCACUUCGUCGUGGUGCUCACCAGCAAAGAUGAGCCCUCCCUUGUAUCUCUCCCUGACCAGUCCAUCAAAACAUCUCUAUCAAGUGACUGCGACAGUGACUCUGGCAUCGAGUCCGUUGCCAGCUCACCUGCCCGCUUCCCAUGUUCUUUUCCUGCCCCUUCUCCAGCUGGUUCCUCCAGGACCAAACCCUACUCCAAACCAGAGCCCUGUGAUGCUUCCUCGGCCAAGACCUCCACGGUCAAAUCGGUGUCUGGUGUUCCCAAGGUGGAAAAGAAACUGAAGAAGAUGGAGCAGAACAAGACGGCAGCCACUCGCUACAGACAGAAGAAGAGGGUCGAGAAGGACCUGCUUCAAGUCGAGUGCGAUGAGCUUGAGAAGAGAAACCAUGAGUUGACGGAGAAGGCAGACUCCAUCAGCCGAGAGAUUCAGUAUCUCAAGGACCUGAUGGAGGAAGUUCGUAAGCGUCGCGUCAAGACAAGUUCAGUGGCGUCGUAACUAGAAUGUGUAGUGACGGCACAAAACACUUUGUAUUACAAGUGUGUUUUUAAGAGAUUAACAAAACAGGGCAUGCUAUGGUGGAUGUGUGGAACGUGCUACAGAAAAGAGGGAAUUGCUAGAUGAAAGCGAAAAGACUCUGGAAGUUGAUGAUUGUUAGUGUAGAGCAGGGGGCUGGGAGGUAGUCAGGUGAAGCAUCUGUACAUGCUUGUCUCUCAGUCCCCUGUUAAAUCACCAAAAUGUACUCUCUGUCUUACUAGCAGUACUUGGGCAGACAGGCAGGGUGUAUAUUUGUAGACUAGGCAUGCAAAUCGUGAGUCAACAUACAGUAGCUCCUGGAAUUGUUAGACUUGGAGAAGAGAAUUCUUCACACUCAAAGCAUAAAUCAACAGCCAGAAUGAAAUGAACCCUGUGUCAGUAAAGUGAGAUACCACUUCUACCUUGUUACCCAUUCCUUUUUAACCCAGUGUCAUCCCAUAUCCAUUAUUCUCUUUAACAACUUCAAGUCCAGAAAGCGGCCUCAACUUAUUUAUGAAUUCUUGAUGUUACAAUGUCAACUUGGAUUUUUUUUUUUUGUGUAUAUAGUUCUUGCCUCCUUUGCUUGCAGAUAUUAGAUAUUGUCAUUUAAUACUGUAUAACAUCUGAUCAAUUGAGUAGCUCAGUCACUUAGCACAGCUGUAUGGCUUGUAAAAAUGCUUGCUCUUCUUUUUCUAAUAAAUGCCUAUCAGAACUCAA